UUGAGGAAGGAGAGAAGCGCAAAAACUAACAGGCGAAGAUUUUGGGUGCAUAAAAUGCUGAAAGCAAGACAUGCAGAAGGAGAAUUUUGGCAGAUCCAGACACACCUAUUAGAUGACGAAGAAAAAUUCUACAUUUACUUUCAUAUGGAUCGGUACUUAUUUGACUACAUAUUAUCAUUUAUUGAAAAAGACAUAACAAAGAAGAAUACGAAAUUCAGACAAGCAAUAACACCAAUAGAAAAAAUUGCCGUCACGUUAAGAUACAUGAUCACGGGAAGUUCAGCAAGGACGUUGAGUUCAAGCUUUAGAUUAGGCGAAUCAACAAUCCGAUCAAUUAUACAAGAAGUAUGUAACGCAAUCAUAAACAAAUUAAUGGGAAUUUUCAUUCCAACGCCAAUUGAAGAGCGGUGGAAAAGUAUAGCUCAAGGAUUUCAAGACAGAUGGAAUUUUCCAAAUUGCAUCGGCGCUAUAGAUGGGAAGCAUGUCAACAUCAUAGCACCUGCUAAUAGUGGUUCGCUGUAUUUUAAUUAUAAAAAGCACUUUUCUGUUGUCCUAUUGGCUGUGGUUGAUGAUAAAUAUAGAUUUAUAAUAGUUGAUAUAGGUGCUUUUGGUAGAAAUAGUGACGGUGGAAUAUUUGCAUCUUCGAAAUUAGUGAGACGUCUUGAAAGUAAUUCAUUACAUAUUCCAAACGAUAAACCACCAGCUGGAAGUAACAGAGAUAUACCACAUGUUUUCAUAGGAGAUGAGGCAUUUCCUCUAAUGAAAAAUUUAAUGAGGCCAUACCCUCGUUGUCGUGGCUUAUCUGAGGCACAAACUAUAUUCAAUGAACGAUUAUCACGAGCACGCAAAGUUGUGGAAGAUGCAUUUGGAAUAUUGUAA